AUGCCUAGUCGAGAUGCUAGCUGGAGCUUCGCGCCCUGCGCUGCGGUGCGCUUCGACCUUGUGCAAGGUCAGAUCGUUCGGCGCACAGCCGUCGGCCAGCUCAAGCUUGCCACAGCAAGAUCUCAAGGAACCAUCCGAGCUAGGGUGGCCCCCGUCUUUGAAGAAAGCUGUAUUCUUGGGACGUCUCGUUUCGAAGGGGUGGUCGAAGAUGAGGCAAUUGCCAGGCAGGGUGAACGGAUGACGGAUAGACAGACUCGACGCAGUAUGUUGGGCUGGGUUUCGACUCGAUGGGUGUUUUUUUUCGUCGUGGGCGCCCAGAUCGUGCCUAAAGAGAUGCGAGGCUGCCACGUCGAUCUUGCAGACAAUCAAUCAGAAGGUGUACUAGCUCGGAGACCCCCGCUCGUUCGCUGGUUCGUUCGAUUCUGUUUGCUCCUGUUGUCGCAGCGGCAGUGUGAUGUCAAAGCACCAAGCGUCUCGGGCAGGAUGAUGGGGGUUCGUCGAGCGUUGGUGGGGGUAUUUUUUUUUAAGUUUGUUGGUGGUGUGCUCUAG